GGAGUCUGGGAGCGAGGUACCCCGACCUGGAGCAGGGGCUGCGGAGUUGACUUGCGGCACCCGGGCUUGCGGGGGUCGCUUGUCACCGUGGGCACGCGGGGACACCCCAGCCUGUCACUGAAGGGAAACGGAGGUCUCUUCCGGCUGCCCCGGGUGUCAGGGGCUCUGAAAUCCGAGACUGGAGGGAGAUGCACUGAGGCUGGCUGUCCCCUCUAAAGGGCCUCUCGGAAGGCACCGCCAGGAAUGCCUAGCGUCCUAUUCGAGCCAUUUGGAAGGGGAAGGAGUUAAGAAAAUGAGGCAGAAGGAAGUGUUAGCCAAGACCUUCCAAGGCCCAGCCGUUGUCUGUAGGACGCCAGACAGCCACGUUUACAUGUUCAAGAAUGGCAGUGGAGACUCCGGGGACUCCUCUGAGGAAGAGUCACAUCAUGUGGUGUUACGACCCCGGGGCAAGGAGCGCCAGAAGAACAGCAUCCAACACCCUCAGCAGCCCGGAGCGGGCAGCGUGGUUCUGCUGCAGCGGGAGCUGGCCCAGGAGGACAGCCUCAACAAGCUGGCUCUCCAGUAUGGCUGCAAAGUUGCAGAUAUCAAGAAAGUGAACAACUUCAUCAGGGAACAAGACCUGUAUGCUUUGAAGUCCAUCAAGAUUCCGGUGAGAAAUCAUGGCAUCCUCACAGAGACCCACCAAGAACUCACCCCCCUGGGGGCCCCAUCCUCUGAGACCAGAGUGACCCUGGGAGAACUGUCUGAAGAUGAAGAAGCCGCGGGGACAAGCGCCCAGGGAGACCAAUUGACGGAUUUCUUUAAGGGAAUCGAUGAGAACAUCGAGCGGGCUGUGCAGUCUGACGUCUUCCACAGCGACAGCUGCUGCGUGGAGGCCGCGGAUCAGCCACUGCUCCCCGUCACCCAGAAGCCACCAGGCGACGGCGCAGACUGCGGGAUUCAGUGGUGGAAUGCUGUCUUCCUCAUGCUUCUCAUUGGGAUUGUGUUGCCAGUGUUUUAUCUCGUCUACUUUAAAAUCCAAGCCACCGGGGAAGCCUCAAGUAGCGUGAAUGCAACUGUUGUCCCCAAUGACUCGAUGACACUGAGCCCAGUUCCAGCGCCAGCGCCCAGGUUGGCAAUCCCAGUGCCCACCCUCCCCGCGUCAGGCAGCCAGGUCAGCUCAACCACCCAGGCAGGGGCCUAAGCUCAUUUAUUCUAGAAUGGGCAAUGCUUUGGCAGUUGGCUCUGGGUGUGUGUGGCUGUCACUGGCUGUUUGCCAGGCAUGUUGCACUUUGCUUCCUGGGAUGUAUGGACAGUUAGAGAAGUUACCACGCCAAUCUGGAUUGUAUGGACAGAGGAAUGGCCUGGCCUAACCCAAGGAUGCAGGAUCCCAGACGUCAUCGUCCUAGCAAGAGAGACGUUUACAUGGAACUGGUGGCUGAUUCUUGAAGACGUGUCGGGGCUGGCUAUACAGCCCUUCUGGGUGAGCGCCCAAGGAGAACGUGAUAAGGGAUCUGCGAUGUUGGCGCUCCCACUCUUGGGUGGGGUCAGAUGACUGUCCCAGUGUCCCAGCCUGCUAAUGGUUGGGGGGUGGGCUCAGCGACGCGUCCUGUGUCUGGGUAGACCAAGGUGCUAUGCAGUGUGUCACUGAGUUUUAGAGCGACGCAUUGCAGUUGGGACAGCCUGGCAUGCCUGCCUCUUCACUCGGCCCCAUUGAGGUGGUGGUGCUACUUCAGAAGUGAGAAUGCUCAGAAUCCCAACUGCCAUCCUUUGACUUACGCUGCAGUACGGUCCCUCACACUGUUGGAGCUUUAUGGUCUCACACAUAGCUUAAGCCAGACACAGGGCCACCGCUCAGAUUCACAGUAGGAGCAUCUCUGUGGUGAUGGCUCCAGGGAUUCUCCCAGUGGGCAUCUUGGGAGCAGCUGUUAUUGGCGAGUAGUUUGAAGAGACUACAUCCGCCAUUAAGGUUCUAACACAUGCACCUCUGAGGCCAACCCACUGUCCGACGCGUGUUGCCAAGGACAGAGGCCUCCACCCCCACCCCCGACCAUCUGUGCCCGAAGCAGAGUAUUCCCGCUGCCUCCAUACUCUACCUUUUGGGUGUUGUCCUUAAACUUCCAGAUUCUGUGUCUCAGUGUUCAAACCAGAUGCAAUGUCAGUCAGCUUUCUCUCACUGGACAAAAUAAUCUUGGCUCAAGAUUUCGACCCAUGGCCUGAUUUGGGGGCGCCUAUGGUAAGAACACACAUCACGGAGGAGAGUGUGGUGGGACAAAUUGUUCCUAUGACCAGGAAGAGAGGGAGUGACAAGGGGCUUGGGUCCUGGUAUCCCCUCCAAGGUCAUGCCUGCAGUGACCUUGCCUCUCCCACUGGACCCCAGAUCUUCCCAGUGCCAAGGUGAGCACAAGCCUUUAAGAUGCUUGCCUUUGGGGGGCAUAUCCAAAGCCCACCAAGCUGACUCUGGCUGUGAGAGGCUGUAAAAGCGGCAGCCACCAGAGGGGCGAGAUGCCCGAGGUGGUCCCAGCCACUCCCUGGUGGCAGUAGCCGUCCAUGUGCUGCAGGGGUGUGGGAGAAAGGGCUAAGUCAGCCGGCCUUGUCACAGCAGGGAAGGGGCUGAGGUGGCCCGGAGCUCAGCUUCAGGGUGAACAGAAGGCAGGCAGGUCGCUCCAGUGGUGAGCUUGGGGAUGGUGGCGCCACUUGACACUCAGGCCUAGAAAUCUGAUCGGAGGAGCAGAAUAUUCCGUGAGCCUGUUGUUCAGUUGUCUGAAAAACAGUCUGCCCAGGGUGUAGAUAGCCAAUUUAAGUCAUCUUCAGAAUUAAGUACUUUGAGGCCAAAAAUAAACCGGUGAAUCUCAAUACAAUAAACAUCGAUUAUGUUAAGUGAUUUCUAUCUGGAUGCUCAUGACCAUUGUAGCUGUGAAGUUUCUUUUAAAUGUUUUUACCAUUGACUUCAGCAGGCAGGGCCCAGAGUCCUGUGGGAAAAUCGUUUUCGCUAGACAACGAAUGUCUUUCCCCCCCUGAAUUCUGUCGCCAGUGUUAGGGACUGAUGGUGACUGCCUGCACACAGUCCUGUGUAGGCUCCUCAGUAGAACAUGACAAGGGAUCUGCAGUGUCCGUGCCCCCGGGGGUUGGAUGGGGUCACAUGACUGUCACAGUGACCCUGCCUGCUGAGGGCGGGGGUGAGUUUGGCGCAGAGAUGUGUUCUGUCUGUCUGUCUGGGCAGACCAAGGUGCUAUGCGAUAGUAUCAGUAUGUCACUGAGUUUUAGACAAGUUACAGCGGUAACUUGUAUCUCUGUAUUUUUCUCAAGUGGAAUAAAAUAUUUCUUCUGUGAAGGAAA